AUGGAUUCCGAGGACGACUUCAUGUCUGGAGCAUCAAGUGAAGAUGACGUUCUUAUGGAUGAGAGUGAGAACGAGGAGGAGUCUGAAGAUGGUAACGAGUUCGGUUUUGAAGAAUCAGCACCUGACAUCAGUUUCAAAGAUGAUAAUUCGCAGAAGAAGAAGGCGAAGUUCGACAUUAACUACAAGGUUCAUCAUCCCGAGGAUGUCCAAGGUCAGCAGGACGAACUUAUCAACGAAGUCAACAUGAUACUCGACAUUCGAAAAGAAGAUGCAGCUAUUCUCUUGAGGCAUUUCAGAUGGAACAAGGAACGUUUGAUUGAAGAUUACAUGGAUCGCCCGAAAAAAGUUCUUGAUGAUGCUGGUUUGGUGUCGAGUAAAUCUGGGCCACCCAAACUUGAGGUUAUACCGGAUUUUGUUUGCGAUAUCUGCUGUGAGGACGAACCCGGCUUACAAUCAUUUGCCAUGAAAUGUGGGCACAGAUACUGCGUCAACUGCUACAAUCAAUACUUGAUUCAAAAGAUCAAGGAGGAGGGGGAGGCAGCUCGUAUUCAGUGUCCACAUGAUGGAUGCCGAAGAAUUAUGGAUAGCCACUCUCUAGAUCUCCUUGUCGCUGCAGAUUUGAAAUCACGAUAUCACGAACUUCUUACCAGAACGUACGUUGAGGAUAAAGAGUUCUUGAAAUGGUGUCCCGCUCCAGAUUGUCAGAAUGCUAUCGAAUGCGGCAUCAAGAAGAAAGAUCUCGACAAGGUUGUCCCAACAGUCGUAUGUGAUUGCAAGCAUCGUUUCUGCUUUGGUUGUAUCUUAGCAGAUCAUCAGCCUGCACCUUGUACAUUGGUAAAGAAAUGGUUGAAGAAGUGCGCGGAUGAUUCAGAAACUGCCAACUGGAUUUCUGCCAACACAAAAGAAUGUCCAGAAUGUAAUUCUACUAUCGAGAAGAACGGAGGUUGCAACCAUAUGACAUGUCGGAAGUGCAAACACGAAUUUUGUUGGAUGUGCAUGGGACUAUGGUCGGAGCACGGCACAAGCUGGUACAAUUGCAAUAGAUUUGAAGAGAAGAGUGGCUCCGAAGCUAGAGAUGCUCAGGCCAACUCUCGAAAGUCCCUAGAACGUUAUUUGCAUUACUACAAUCGAUAUGCAAAUCAUGAACAGUCGGCAAAGUUGGACAAGGAUAUCUACCAUAAGACCGAGAAGAAGAUGAUUCAACUUCAAUCUGCGUCGGGAUUAUCUUGGAUCGAAGUUCAGUACCUUAACUCGGCUAGUCAAGCCUUGCAAACUUGCCGUCAAACUCUUAAAUGGACUUACGCAUUUGCCUUCUAUCUUCAGCGCAACAAUCUUACAGAGCUGUUCGAAAAUAACCAAAGAGAUCUCGAGAUGGCCGUUGAAAAUUUGUCAGAAAUGUUUGAAAAGCCGGUUCAGGAACUUGCAGUUCAGAAGUUGAAGGUUGAAAUUAUGGACAAGACAUCCUAUUGCAAUAAACGUCGGGUCAUCCUGCUUGCAGAUACGGCCGAAAAUCUUGCCAAUGUCUUUGGUCGCUUCUUCGCUGACUAUGACUCAGCCUUGGUAGAUGGCCAAGAAAUUUCAAAGACCAAGGAGCGAGAGCAAUAA